GCUUAUCCAUCUCCCAAUAGAUGUGCAUCAUCUCUGAUAUUUAGAAAUGAAGGGGAAUGCUGGAUGUUUGACUGUGGAGAAGGAACACAAAUUCAGCUCCAGCGAAGUAUUAUACGAGCAGGAAGAAUUACAAAAGUUUUCAUAACUCAUCUUCACGGUGAUCAUUUGUAUGGUCUUCCUGGCUUUUUGAACACAAUCAGCUUUGGGACAAUUGAAGACCGUGAUCCCAUUGAACUAUAUGGUCCCACUGGAUUACGAAGAUACGUCAGAACGAGUAUGGAUGUAUCGAGGUCGCAGUUGAACUACCCACUCAUAAUUAAUGAAUUACAAAUUACUGAUGACAUGUUACCAGAAGACUGGGAAGAUUGGCAAUCCAACUAUGAUACCGUUGAACCUCAACAUCCUUCCGAGUUGCCGGGACGGACCAUCGCAAAAGAUGAACAUGGAGUAUGGAAUAUUUUUGAAAACGACAACAUAUUGGUUCAGGCUGCCCCAUUGAAGCAUAGAGUGCCAACAUUUGGUUACAUAGUUACAGAAAAGGAGCAACCAGGAAAGCUAGAUGUAAAGCGAUUAAAAGAGCUAGGUGUUCCAGCUGGACCUUUAUAUGGCCAACUAAAAAAAGGUGAAUCAAUUACGACUUCAGAGGGCGCUGUUAUAAAACCAGAGGAUGUGCUUGGUCUUCCUAGAGCUGGUAGAAAGAUUGCUUUCCUUUGGGAUACAUGUGAUGCUUCCCUAGCUGCUCCUCUUCUUCAGGAUGUAGACGUGAUGGUCCAUGAAGCCACUAUGGAGAAUGAGAUGAAGGAGAAAUGUGUGUUGAAUGGACACUCGACACCAGAGAUGGCUGGUGAAUUUGCACGUAGUGUUGGAGCCAAAAAGCUAGUAAUAACGCACUUUAGUCAACGCUACAAAACUAAAGAUAGCGAGUUAAAGGGGGAUGAACAGACAACAGACAAAUUAUUACAGCAAGCGAAGGAUGCUUUCCAAUGCGAUAACGUAAUUGCUGCUGAAGAUUUACUUACACUCACAAUACCAGCAUUGAGGUGAUGACUAAAGACAAUAGUACUAGAAGGUUAGUGAAUUUAUGACAGCAGUUUGGAAUGGUAACAACUCACCUCAUCACACCUAUGUGCACUGGCCUUGGUUAAGUUGCACUGCAUUUACUAAUAUUUGUGACUGGCUCUGGAAAUAUAAGCUGUUCGCGAGAAAAAUGUUAGCAUUCUUAGAUUCUGUAUGGAUUCUUCUGUAAGCAGUGUUUAUUUGGUGGAAAUUGGUUGAGCAAAGUUAUGAUAUUUAGUUUCUUUGGAUAUCAGCCAUGAAGGUUUUGAGAGAACUGCUUCCAACGAUUCCAAAAUCAAUAGUUUAAUAUUAAUAUUUGUGUUUUGAAAAUAGUUUUAAUAUACAUUACUUUUCAGUUAGAUUUAGUGAUUGAUAUUUUGCAGAAAUUGUUCUUCAGUAUAUCUUUAUAAAAUGCAAAAACCCAAAAAUGUUCAAAAUUCUGAUUCUCGAAAGUUUUGUGUGCUUGUGCAAAAUUAGAAAUUGUGAAAAGCUGCCAUAUUUAUGUUUAUGAAAGUUUUUAGUUUAGCAUUUAGGUUAGACAAAAAUAUUUAUAUCAAACUGUAGCUGAAAUUUUUCUUCAAAAGAAUCAAAACAAAACAAAAAUAUAACAUUCAAAAUUCCGUAUAAAAAUAUAAUAAUAAAAAAAAAACAUAUGGGAAUAUCUGUUGGCAGGCUGUUGUGAACGAAGAUGUUAAAGGCUUUGUUCAUGUCUUGAGAAGACAUGCUGGUGUGUUGAAAUAUAUAAAAAUAGAAUAAUAGUUCAGUACAUGAGUGUAAUACUAAAAGGGUAAUGGAAUGUUCUGAACUAAAGCCCAGUGAAUAAUGGUCAUCUCAUAUUUGUUUAUCAUCAUUAUCAACAUCAUCAUCAUCAACAUCAUGAGCAUCAGCAUCAUCAUCAUCAAUAUCAUCACCAUCAACAUCAUCGACAUCAUCAUCGCUGUCAUCGUCGUCAUCAUCAUCAUCAUUAUUAUCAUCAUCAUCAUCAAUAUCACCGUCAUCGUCGUAGUAUCAGUUGAUAGCUGUAGGAACAUUUGCUCAAGUUGCAAAAGUCAUAUUCAUUAUUUUGAGGAAUAGUAAAUUCAAUAUUUGAAAAGGGUGUCAUAUGAUCACAAAGUAAAUAAUAAACAAAUGAAUUCCUUAUAGUUUGUAAUUAAUAGUGUAAUUGUUAUCUUAUAGCCAUAGUUGUAGUAAUAUUUGCAAAAGUUGUAAUGCUUAUUUAAUCUUUAGUGGGAAGAAUUACUAAAUCUCAGUAUUUGAAAACCAAUGAUAUUAUUUGAUAAGUAAAUAAUAAACAAAUAAAUAUAUAUAAAGAUUGUGAUGUAAUAUAAUGAUCAUCUGAUAAUUGUAAAUUGUAUAUGGUAUUAUUGUAAGUAAUGAUUAAAUCAUAUUAUUUGAUCUGUCUUAAUAAAAUACAGUACUUCGGUGUCGGUCACUACAGUAAUCGCAAAAUAAGAGACAAUUGGAGAAAACAGGCUCAUUCUGUCAACACAUUUAUUUACUAGAAACUUGCAUACCAUAAACACCACAGAAAUUCCAAUAAUAUUUACAAGCUGCCAAAAAACACAGGAUAAUCUGUUAAUAUAACACUAAUUACAUAUACUGUAUAUCUACUGUUGACAAAACUCAAAAUGGAAAAAAAAUCUGAACUCAUUUGCCACAUGUAAAAAAUUACGUUUUUUCCAAAAUUUCUUGGCAAGAAUAUAAUCUGCUUUAAUUUUAGAGAAUUAUUAUCGUUGUAAAUUUCCAGAAUCAUUGCUUUGAUUUGGUAUAUAACAUUUACUUGAUAUUAUCCAUCUUCUUCAUAUGCAAUUGUUUAAGAUAAAUUGGGUUAAUAUUUUUUUAAUUUUUAGAACCCAUAUCUGAAUAUAACUAUGACAAAAAUUAUUCCAAUCCUAUAAAGCCCACGUCACAUUAUUAAUCCAGUAGUGGAAUAAAUGUCCAUUGCAACGCAUACUUGGCUCUCUAUAGGGUCACAAAACACUAGAGUGGGAAUAGAACUCCCGACCUUAAGACUGUUGCAACCACUACACCAAGUGUUCCCCCACAUAUGAACAUGCAAAUGCUGAAUUAAACACUUAUAUGCAUAAAUAAAUUUUUAUAUGAAUAAUGAUAUGCUUUCAACACACUUAUAUAUGUAUAAAUAUCUAAAAGCGAAUUGGAUUUUAAUAAGCAGCCAUUGCUUAAUAUGUAUUUAGCAGGUGAAUACCAGAAUAAACAGUAAAGUUUUUUUGGCUCGAAAAUAAAAUGCUGCAAUGAUUUAAACAGCCAUUUGUAGGUAUCGGUAUUUAAUUUAUAUUUAGCAGAUGACUACCAGAAUAAACAGUAAAGUUUUUUUUGCCUUGAAAAUAAAAACGCUGAAAUGAUUUAAGCAACCAUUGUAGGUAUCGGUAGUUAAUAUAUAUUUAGCAGAUGAAGACUAGAAUAAACAGUAAACUUUUUUUGCCUUGAAAAUAAAAUGCUGCAAUGAUUUAGAGUAGUGACCAUUUUCAUUCACUCCAACAACUUCAAUUGUGUGCUCUUCAGAAGUGUAAAAAGGUAUUAUUUUUACCGAAAGUACAAUGCAUUAUUUCAGUAGCCAAGCACACACAAUAAAUA